UGCUGAAACCUACCAGGAUUUUCCAUGGACAUACAACAACGUGUGAUGUUGCCGCAUUCAGCGCAUUCUCGUCGAUCAGAAUGAAACGCAAAUGAUGAGCGCCAUGGUGGAGUCGGAACCUGUUGUUUGGAACUUUACGCUCAAAUCAGACAACAGCACGUGCGCUAACGAGACAGUAGCAGGAUAUCCAGCAGAUGAGUAUUAUAAUAUUGUUCACGUCACAGAAACCAAAAUUCUUCCUGCAUUUAUUGGAUUUUUGUGCUCCACCGGGCUUGUUGGAAAUAUUCUUGUUUUGGUGACUAUUUUAAGGUCCGCAAAAAAGACAGUGCCAGAUGUGUACAUGGGGAACCUGGCUGUGGCCGACCUGGUCCACGUGACUGUCAUGCCAUUCCUGAUUCACCAGUGGGCACGUGGAGGACAGUGGGUGUUCGGCAGUACCCUUUGCACCAUUAUCACCUCUCUUGAUAACUGCAACCAGGUGGCAUGCGCUGCAGUCAUGACCGCUAUGAGUUUGGACAGAUACCUGGCCCUUGUUCAUCCAUUUCGUCUGUUGAGUCUCAGAACCAGAUCAAGGACUAUCCGUAUUAACCUGUUUGUGUGGGCGGCCUCCUUCAUCAUGGUUCUGCCGGCCUGGGUUCAUGCUAAAGUGAUCCGCUUCAGGGACGGUCUUGAGAGCUGUACCCUUAACCUGGUCUCUCCCAAAGAAUUGCUCUGGUAUACACUCUACCAGACUGUGACCUCCUUCUUCCUGCCAUUACCUCUGAUUCUCAUCUGCUAUAUACUGAUCCUUUGCUACUCCUGGAGAAUGUAUCGCAAGAACAAAAAGGCUCACAGGUAUAACACCAGCCUGCCUCGGGAACGUGUGGUCCGUCUCACUAAAAUGGUGCUGGUUCUGGUAGCGGUUUUCCUGGUCAGUGUUGGGCCAUACCACGUGUUGCAGCUAGUUAACUUAAGUGUACCACGCCCCUCAUUAGCAUACCACACCUGCUACUACCUGUCUGUGUGCUUAAGCUACGCCGCCAGCAGCAUAAACCCCUUCAUCUACAUUCUGCUGAGUGGACACUUCCGCCACAGGCUGGUCUGUCGGGAUGCACCCAGCAUGCCAAGUGUGGAACGGGAAAUCCAGGCCCCCCGCUCCAGUUUUUAAACUGAAUUCACACUGAAACACACAUUUACGCUGUAAAUGGAUGAAUCAAUCUUAGGCAAAGUACACUUGUUUUGGAGAAAGAUUCUUGUUUCUUGUUUUCAAUUCUUGUUGUUGGGAGUGAUUUUAUUCAGGAGGCAUGAGAUGUUUUACAUCUGCUUGAAUGCAUGUCUUGCACUUUUUGGAGUAGGCCUGUGUUGUAAAUGUUGUGCUGUUAUUUAUUGUUUAAUGUGUUUUUUGGCUCCCUCUACUGCUAAGUUUAUGUAAUUCACUCUACAUGCUAUCUAUCUAUCUAUCUAUCUAUCUAUCUAUCUAUCUAUCUAUCUAUCUAUCUAUCUAUCUAUCUAUCUAUCUAUCUAUCUCUGUAAUUAUGCCUAUAAACCUUCAAACAUUUCUCUAAGAUUUUAAACAAGGCUUUAUUUUGCCAACAUUCAAAGUUAGUUUUUUUUUCAAACUUCACUUUUCAACCUAAAAUUACAUUAAAAUGUAUCAAGUCUUAAAAUUUCUAUUUUCCUUAAUUUCACUUGAAUUGGAAUUAUGCCAUUCCAAUUGAGAAACUGAAACUAUAUUCUCAGUUGAAAAUGCAUGUUCGUUUCAAUUCUGAAUGACAAACAACCCUGCCUCCAAUUGAAAUUGAAUUAAUGUAUUUGAGGACAUUUGUCAGUUUCAGACCGCAUUAAUUUGUGGUCUGCAGUAUUCAUCAUCUGAGAAAAUAAAAUAUAAUAAUAAUUGUUAUGUGUAUAAUAAUAAGUUACGUGGUUGUCUAUUAUAGUAGUGUGUAUUCCGUUAGGUGUUUUGGUGUUUCUUUUCUCUUUGGAUGUCAUGAUGAAGUGGCUGGCAGCUCUAAAAAGUGGUCACCGAACAGACAGGCAAAUAUGCAGGGAUCUGUUUGCAGCCCAGCUCCCAGAGAGGAAUCAAUUCUCAGACCAGAGUCAGACAGGGACCAUGUCUGACCUAUAGCAUGCCUGGUGACAAUAGCUGGAAACUCACCCCAAUGCUUUUUCUCUGUCUCAGUUGUACCUUUUGUGGCCUAGUAAGCCAGCCAGAGGCAAAAUACCAACUGAUGUGUUCAAAUACUUGUCAAAAUUUGUGUUUCAGUGUCAACAUAGCUUGUUGAGGCCCUGCGUUUCAAUAAUACUACUCAAUACAAUAAUAUACAAACUGUUUUGUCAAUAAUUCCAGUGCAGCAGUAAAUAUUCUGUCUGGGCAGCAAAGUGGUUUUACAUUCUUCUGUUUCUACAGUAACUCUGUUAAAGCAUGUUAUGCUAAGUCUUCACCCUGUAUAUUCCCCAUUACGUAAAUUUUUAUUUAUUCAUUUUUUUCUUUCUCAAACUUUGAAUUGUCAUUCUGGUCUCGGAGCGAGGUGUUUGACUGCUGCUAAUCUGACAUUGUUUGACCUUGUUUGUAACUUGCUACACAUAACACUGACCU